AGGAUGCAAAAUGUUGGAGAAGUACAUUACUCCUCUCUUGAUGUCCUAUGUGGACAAGUACAUCAAGAACCUCUCCCCAAAUGAUCUGGGUGUGUCUCUUUGGGGAGGAGAUGUGUUGUUAAAGAAUCUGGAGCUCAAACUUGACGUCUUAGAACAGGAGUUCCUAUUCCCAGUCAAGUUUCUGAGCGGUAGGAUACACGAGCUAAAGAUACACAUUCCCUGGACUAGUCUAGGGUCUGAUUCAGUUGUUAUCACGCUCAACACUUUGGAGUGUUCCUUGACUUAUAGACCUCUAGAGGAAACUAAAAGAGAAGCAGCAAGUACAGCAGAAGAUGAAGAAGACAAGGAAUCAGAUAGUGGUAUAUCUGAUGCUAGUGGACAACAAGCUGUUGCACCCAGCUAUGUGCAGCUUCUCACUCAGCGGAUACUGAACAACGUAGAAAUUCACGUGAACAACCUGAUUUUCAAAUAUAUUGAAGAUGACAUUGUUCUAUCAGUCAACAUCAAAUCAGCUUGUAUGUACACUGUAAACUCGGAGUGGAGCCAGGCUUUCUCUGAUGUACAGUCUCCUGAACUGACUCUGAGAAGAGUUAUUGAGCUGGUAGAUCUCACUAUCUGUCUGGAUAGAAACAGCGCGUCAGGUCGAAUAGAAGUGUACGAAGAGCCAGUACUUUACAGAGCGCACAUAAACUGCAGGUCUCUGUUCACCUUCCCUAACGUCUACUCCUUCUCUCCCUCCGCUAUAUUCGUACAUGUGCUGUGUGACGAUAUUAACCUCAACAUUUCCGAUCAACAGUUCCCUGCCCUGAUAGUGCUACUAAGAAGAUUGUACUACCUGACCAACUCUUCAGACACAACUAAACAAGUAGUCCACCCUGCUCCCCCUCCCGUCAUGUCAGCUGACGAGGAAGGUUGGAUAGGUUGGGGAUGGAGUAUGCUAGGAAUGGCAGCAUAUGAAGACUACGGAGUCUCCCCCGCUCCUCCUGCUGAAAUGCUCUUCAACUUCUCCCUCUUUGUUAAGAGUUUCAAUAUCUCAUGUACACAAGUUCUAGCUCAGCGCAGAAAGAGGUCGGCAAAGUACCAGUUCACUCCGUUCUUGAACAUGAAGAUACGAGGUUUAGCGAUGGAGUGCGUUGCUAAGGGUUACUACUACUCUCACUUCACAUUGGGAGUGUGUAGUUUAACUGCAAACCUCUCUCACCAUAAGGAGCAGAUGUUUGUGUUCGGAGAUGUUGAGGUAGAUACUAUGAGUACAUUAACAGAGGGCUCCCUGUUCGACCUGCUGCCUCAACUAGACUAUGAGGACAAGAGACACGCUACCGAGGAGGAGACACUAAAGUUCACCAAGUUCCGUGCUCUGUGGCUCUGUAUGUUAAACAUUAUACCGGAGUUCAAACAGCGCCCUUUGGACGAACUGGACAGAUUGGAGAGAAACGAGACCGAGCUGUUUGAGAUACGGAUGGUAGCUAACAAGUUUACUGUAUUCCUCAAUAACUCCAUCCUCAACUCCCUCUCCCUCUUCUUUAACUCCAAGACGAUGUGGGCUCUAUUUGAGCGUCUGCCCGCCCAACCCAACCCUAAACGUGCUGUCUCCACUACACGACUACACGUCAUGUCACACCUGAGUGUCACCUGUCUAGGUGCUACUGUGUAUCUCUCAGGGAGCAACGUUAGAGAGGGAGACGGUACACACCCAGUCUGCAUGUUCUACACGUGCUCGCGCGUUGACCUGGACCAACACGCCCCUCUGUGGGUCUCACAGCUUACCAAACUAGGAGCACAACACUCGCUCACCACUAAACUGUGUUAUUGUAACUACGCUCUCAGGGUUACUGACAACUCAGCAGGAUUCUGUUCAGUAAGAGACCUGAAGAUUUUGUCCAGUAUAGUUAUUCUACCUGCUACCUUCCUACAAACUGUUAUCAAAGUGUAUUGCUACCCUCUGAGCUGGGUCUCCACAAUGCAAGGUUUAUUAGAGGUGCGACUAGAAGUGCCCCAGAUCACGGUGAUGCUGACAAUGCCACAAGUUCACCUCUCCUAUCACUUCCUAUAUUACUGGACUAACAAACUGUGUGGUGGAGUGUUGGAGGGGGAGUUGUUACACGGCACUGCACUCAGAACACUAGCCCAGCAAGCUCUAGAUAUAGAAGAGCAGUUGAGUGUAGAACUGUGUGUUUCGCACAUUGGGAUGAAGUAUUGUCAAACUACGGUAGUUAACUCUGCUAUGUUGACACUGCGCGGCGCUGAGCUCUUUCUCUACAAAUCUACGGAUGAGGCGGUAUGCAUUUUAUCUGGGCCCUACUUCACUAAAGAUGUAUACAGGUCGCUGGAGCAACCUUCUGAUGUACACGUGGUACCCAGUUUAUUGAGUGUUACUGUUCAGUGGCCUCACGUUCCCUUUACCACCAGUUCGACCCCAUCAGACAGGCCAGUGUUAAUAGUGCACAGUAGCGGUGUAGUGAUAUGUUGGGACAAAGCCCUUCCUGCUCUCCUUGCUUAUCAGCCCCCUGUCAACUCUGGUACUUAUGUGAGGUCUUGUUCACUAGAAAGUGUAGCUAGCUCUACACCCGCCUCUUCCACUGCUCCCUCUUCCACAGCACCCUCUUCCACAGGCCCCUCUCCUAACAACUUCACUACUCCUGCUUCCACACCAUCAGACAAUAAAGUCCCCGACACACGGUACUCUCCUGAUGACGACACAACACAUGACGUCAUACCGCGUGACGUCACAGCACAUGACGUCAUACCACGUGACGUGUCAGCUAGUGGCUCCUCGUCACGUGUCACUGACUCGGUGGAAAGCACUAGUUUGUGGCAUGUAGUGGAGUAUCUUGCUGUGCAGAUGGUGGUGUCCCCAAUAGUACUGCUAGUCAGCUCAGCAGGGUGUGGCUCACCUCAAGGGGACGUGUUAGAGUACGCGCAGAACAGCGCGGAUCUGGACGCAGUGCUGAUCUGCUUACCUGCUCUACUCGUUACUAACCAGACUACAACUUGUGGACUUAUCAACCCUCAGGAAUUACCCCUAUCAGUAACUACAACAGGUGGACUAGUGGGUAAUCCUACUGAUUAUAAAACCCUUCUCCCCAGGAAUUACCCCCUAUCAGUAACUACAACAGGAAUUAACCCUAUCAGUAACUACAACUGGUGGACUAGAAUACCCCUAUCAGUAACUACAACAGGUGGACUAGUAGGUAAUCCUACUGAUUAUAAAACCCUUUCUCCCCAGGAAAUUACCCCUAUCAGUAACUACAACAGGGAAUUACCCCUAUCAGUAACUACAACAGGUGGACUAGUAGGUAAUCCUACUGAUUAUAAAAACUCUACCCUGGAAGAUAUCCCUCAGCAACUUGGCUGUACCACCGUCUCCACACUGUUCAACCGCUCCUUGCUCCUCUGUCUCUUGACGUGA